AUGAUUCAAUCUACAAAUGCUAAUAAUGUGCUAAACAAUUUACCUCAAAAGAACUCAAUUACAAUGCAGGAGGAAAAUGAUAAAAGAACAUAGAAAAAAAUCAAAGAACUAGAAGAGCAAAUUUGGUUUCUUAAAGAAUAAUUGGAAAUUUCUGGAUGCCUUAAAAAGUUCGGGAUUGAAAGGUAUUAAAAGAAAAUACAAUAAUAAUAGAAUGCGUAGAAUAGUUAAUUCCCUAGACAGUCCAAUCCUAAUGAUUUAAUUGAAGGUUAAAGUAGCUUUAAUUUACAAAGAAACAGAUCUAAUGAGUUACAUCAUGAAUCUGUUGUGCUACCAUUUAGACACAAUAGUUUAGAGCAAUUUUUAGAGCGAUAUGCCAGGUCGGAUGAAAUCAAUCAUACCAUAGCAGAUGACUCUUUAAAAACACAAAUGAAUUAUUACGAACCAGGUUAUGAAUCGGAUAAUAACCCUUCGAAAUUAAAUUAGCCAAAAGUAAAAUUAAGUAUUGCAAAUCCUUUUAUUGAGGAAUCUAAAAUACUGGAAAACUAAUCAAAUGAUCCCUAGAAUAAUACUGAAUAUGGUGAGUUAUUUAACAUGAGUUAAGCGGGGAUAAUUAGCUCAGAUCAGUAUAUUUUAUCAAAGGAACCUAAUUCAAAUGAAAAGCCGAGAAGAGUUGGCGAAAAAGAGUUAAUUAGUCGUUCAAGUUAGGUAGAAUUAUCAAGAUUUAGUAAAUAACUGUCGAGAAAUGUGUGUCAGCUGAGCAAUUAACAGAAAUAAAAUGUUAUCUGCUAUAAUGAUCAUGAUAAUAAGAUUAUUGUGGGAUAAAACGAUAAUAAAAUAUUAAUUCUUGACUCAGAGAUGUAAGUUGAGAGGUCUUUGCCACUUGAAUCAGAGCUAAUCUCUAUAUUAAAACUUAAUGAACUAUUCUUCUUUGGGAUGAUGGAAAAGAUAGUCAUUGUCUUUGGAAAAGAUUUAAAGGAAGUGGUUAAGCGGAUUGAGACAAGAGAGUGUGUGUACAAAUUUAUUUAUUACCAGCAUUAAGAUCCAAAUCUAGACUUUUCUAAAGAAUAUUUAAUCCUUUUAGAAAAGGAAGGCUUCAUCUAAUUCUUUAGUUUCUAAGAACAAAAGAUAGUAUCAACUCGAUAGCUCAAGAGCUGA